GACCUUUUCCCUCAUCCUCUUUCGUAGCGGGAGAGAGGUAACCUAGACCUAGUCAGUCGAAGGUCGACGGUGAUACAGGUGACGCUUAAAGGAUGGGAGGCAAAGAAAGCAAAGAGCCUGUCAAGACCAUCUCCGUCUCUUCAGCUCCUCUUCAUUCUCACAAUCGUAAUCCUCCAGUCAUACGUCUCGACGAUUCUGAAGAUUUGGACGAAGAAAACUUCAUCAUCCAUAGCGACCUUGGGGAAUCUCUGGAUUUGAGGAGGGGUACAUCUCUAGUGCCAACUUCGGCUAUAAGCACCGAUUCCACGGAUUCUGGAGUAUUCGAUGAGCUAGACGAAGAAUACGGACAUGUCAUCACGGAGAAAUCGUCGCCCGAGCUGGUGGCCCAAGUCGAGAGGGACUUCGUGCCGCCUCAGCAUCUUGAUCUGACGAUUUAUGGUAAUGCAUGCCGCCGUCUACUGAGUGGAAGCCAGAGGGUGCGAAUGGAAGAGAGUCAGGUGCUGAACUUGCUACGAGAGGAGGGCCUCCUUGCCACGAAUCCUACCAAAGGUGCUGCUGGUCUCAGCUUCGAGAUUGUUGAUGCGGGACUUGCAGAAGGGCAGGGAAACGACUUGGAUUCCUCGUCGUCGUCUGUGAAGCUUCCCCCAUUGAGACUCCUUCAAAGUCAAGAACCCAGAAAGAACGUCACCAAUUCAAAAAUAACGGAGAAGUUAGAAAAAGCCGAGGAACGUCGGAAGGCUGCCGAGGAAGAAAAACUGAAGCGGUUGAACAUGGAAAAGAAGCAGGAGGCGAGCCAGAGACAACAACAGUCUCAAGUGGAAAAGGUCGAGAAGUAUUCGUCGCGGGUUGACGCCGCUCAGGACAACAGGUAUUCAUCUCCUGAGAUGCUCACCUCAUUCUCCGUCUCUCGAAAGCCAGGCACAGUAUUUGCAACAGCUGAGGGCGAAGCUGAAGGAUCAACAUCAGAAAGCGGCGAAAGUCCGGCUGAAGAAGAUGCAAGAAGUCCCCGCUCCCAUACCGAUUCCAGUCCCGGUUCCACCGUCGAAUACCUCUUUCGAUGACGAUUUCUUUGCCUGAAACAUCAAAAUGGCUGGCUUUAUCUGUGAUUCGUACGAUACAUGGAAGAAG